UCCAGCAUCAGUGAUCUGUGGGAGCGAUGAGGACACACACACUCCUCCGCCGGGAGAAGCGCAGGGACGUCCUGCUGUACAUCAUCGCUGCCGUUCUGCUCGUCUUCGCAGCGGCUCAUCUCGUCUCCAGCGUGGGAGAGGCUUUCCAGCGCAGCGCUUCUGCCAGAGUCCGUCGGGACGCCGGGAAUGCGAGCGAGUGCAUCCCGCCGCAGUCCUCAGAGUUUCCCGAGGGAUUCUUCACGCUUCAGGAGAGGAGAGACGGAGGGAUCCUGAUCCACUUCAUGAUCGUCUUCUACAUGCUUCUGGCCGUGUCCAUCGUGUGCGAAGACUACUUCCUGCCGUCCCUGGAGGUCAUCAGCGAGCGGCUCGGUCUUUCACAAGAUGUUGCCGGAGCCACUUUCAUGGCAGCGGGAAGUUCGGCGCCAGAACUCGUCACUGCGUUUCUGGGUGUGUUUGUGACUAAAGGAGACAUCGGCGUGAGCACCAUCAUGGGGUCGGCCGUGUACAACCUCCUGUGCAUCUGUGCGGCGUGCGGCCUCCUGACCUCUGUGACGGCUCGUCUCACAUGCUGGCCGUUAUUCAGAGACUGUCUCGCAUACGCCAUCAGCGUCGCCGCCGUCAUCGCCAUCAUCUCAGAUAACAGAGUUUACUGGUAUGACGGCGCGUGCCUCCUGCUGGUGUACGGUGUGUAUGUGCUGGUGCUGUGCUUCGACCUGAGGAUCAGCGAGUACGUGCUGCGGCGCUUCAGCCCGUGUUGUGUGUGUGUGAGCAAGAGCUCGGGCGAGGAGCAGCCGCUGGUGGGAUGGAGCGACGGCAGUCUGCGAGUUCACCGGCGCUCCCGAGCCGACAGCGGGAUCUUCCAGGACGACUCCGGCUACUCCCAGCUCUCGCUCAGCCUGCACGGCCUCAACGAGAUCGGACAAGAGCAGAAGAGUGUGUUCUCGAUGCCCGAACACGACCUGAAGCGGAUCCUGUGGGUUCUGUCUCUGCCGGCCGUCGUGUUGCUGUUCCUGACCGUUCCCGACUGCAGGAGACGCUUCUGGAAGAGAUGGUACAUGAUCACGUUCCUGAUGUCUGCCGUCUGGAUCUCCGCCUUCACAUACGUCCUGGUGUGGAUGGUCACCAUCGUGGGUGAGACACUGGGAAUCCCGGACACAGUCAUGGGAAUGACGCUCCUGGCAGCAGGAACCAGCAUUCCCGACACCGUGGCCAGUGUGAUGGUGGCUCGCGAAGGUAAAGCUGACAUGGCCAUGUCCAACAUCGUGGGCUCGAACGUGUUCGACAUGCUGUGCCUCGGCCUGCCCUGGUUCAUCCAGACGGUGUUCGUGGCGCCGGGCUCCCCGGUGGAGGUCAACAGCGCGGGUCUGCUCUUCAUGUCCUGCACGCUCCUGCUCUCCAUCCUCUUCCUCUUCUCCGCCGUGCACCUCAACGGCUGGAGGCUGGACUGGAAGCUGGGUCUGGUGUCUCUGGCGUGUUACGUUCUCUUCGCCACGCUCUCCAUCCUGUACGAGCUCGGGAUCAUCGGGAACAGCCCGAUCCGAGCCUGCGGAGACUAGAUCAUGUGACACUGGCUGUGUU